CUCGUUGCUCCAGCUAUCGUAGGGGCUGGGACUCUACUUGUCCGUACGUCGACUCAACCUGCGCCGUCUGCUGUCAAUCAAUUGUUGCCUCGUGUUCGGCACUGUUCUGUGUGACGGCGAAAAGUCACUGUCACGAUAACCCUCCAUUCCGAACCGCGACCGUGACGGUGGACCAGUGUGGCGAGGAUGUCGUUCACGUCACGCACGAGCUCGAUCUUAUCUCACCAUGGACGACAUUCAUCCUCAACGACCCCCUCGACGUCCAGCAGAAUCAUGGAAGCCCUACUCACGAUCCUCACCGGCCUCACCCUCCGACUCUCCAUCCCCCUCCUCUCCCGCGGCGGCGACGUCCGCGUCCACUCUGCACUCAUCGGCCUCUGGGAAGGCGUCGUGCUCUACUACUUCACGCGCAAGUCCCGCCGCUCGAGGCGCGCGGACAUGUACAUUGGCUUCGUCACUCGUUUGUUCGUCGACCUCGUCGUGACAGAGUCCCCCCUCCGUCUCGCACUCGUUAUCAUCUGGACCGGCAUAGGCAUGAUUGUGGCGGACAUCUCCCCAGGCCUCUACCGCGACACCGGCCUCGAUCGCAAAUGGCGCCGCCUCGUGCGCGACCUCCGCGUCCUCCGCUGGGACGUGCUGUCUACCAUGAAGCCCAAAGCUCGCUCGAGCACCCGGCGCUCACGGACCGGGGGCACGGUUCGUUUUGAGGAGGACGAUGAGACGGACACGGCAAGCACGCUUAUAUCGCCCUCUGGGACGACGCCGAGCUCGCGUACCGGAUAUGCCACGCCAACACCCACUACCACGAGGCAUAGCACGACCACCGGAUAUGCGCCCUCGACGACCUCAUCGCGUUCAUACGUGUCAACAUCAUCCACCAGUUCCUCCUCCACGGCCACGCCGCAGAACAUCGACGGACGAUCGUCCUACCACACCGCCCGCCGCACUAUCGCCCCAGUUCCCGGAUACUUCCCAGGCGGUCUCAUGAGCGAGACGGAAUCGCAGGCUUCUGUCCCCCAGUCGCCUACGCUUUCCAACUUGCCCCCGCUUCCGCCCUCCCUUCCCACGUCAGACCAACCCUCUGAUGACAACGAUGACCUCUACGCCUCUGACUCGUCCGACGACACCGAAGUGCCGCUCGACAUACCGGACAUGUUCACUGGUAGUCCCCUUGAGCCGGUGCAUGAGGAGUAUCACACGCAGGAGGAGUACUACACACAACCCGAGCACACCACCCCGGCGUUCUCCACUGCAACCUCUUCCGCUGCGUCAUCCAUCGCCCCGCCCUCCACCUCGCACUUCGAGACGCCGGCCGACGUGGUGGCGCCGCCCGAGUCGGAGGUCCCGGAGAUCGAGGACGAGCACUUCCCGCCGACGCCGCCGCGAACAGAAAGCCCCGCCCCGUACAUCCCGUCUCUGCCACCGGCCCUCGCAUCUAACCGCGGGCCGUCUGCGACGGAGCGCGCUCUUGAGCGCGCCGCGAAGCUCGGGAUCAAGCCCGUGAUCCAGAAGUUCCACUCGGUCAAGGCUUUCUCUGCGCCGGCGACGACUGCGCCAACCCCAAGGGUGGCAUCGCCGACUAAGCCCGUGCAAGUGGUCCCUCCACGCCCGGCGAGGAGCAGCCCCGCACCCGCGGUCCCCAACCGUGCUGCCUCCUGCUCGCCCCGACCCACGUCUGCUUCCCCACGGCCCGAGCACGCCAAGCGGGGCUCGUUGGACAGCACGAAGCGCAUCUCCCGCCUCGGCAUUCAAGAAGCGCCCGCGCCGCCUGAAGAACGUCCACUCUCGACGGCGACGAGCGGGUUCUGGCCCCUGUUCUCCUCCGGCACCUCGAGCAAGUCGAGCAAGCACAGCAAGAAGGGCCCACCAUCCAGCGCUGCGAGCAGCGAGGCGCCAGACCCGAACGACCUGAGCUUCCUGGAGCCGCCGAAGCCGAGGCCUGUGAAGAAGAGCAAGGAGGAGGCAAAGCAGAUGCGGAGCGUGCCCGAGGGCGAGGAGGUAUCGUCCUCUGCUAGCAACGAGGUCUACGCGGACGCGGCGGCGUUGGAGCAGCAGGAGAAGGCGGAGGAGAAGUACAGGGAGUCGCUGGUCCGGGAUGCGGAGUUCUACGACCAGGAUCCGGAGGGGCAGCAAGAUGGGCAGCAAGCGGACGGACAGCAGUCAGAAGUGUCUGCCAUUCCUCAGCACCUGCGUGAGAACCCGAACGACCGGACGCCGCCUCCGUCGUAUGCGCUGGCGAACCCGCUGGAUGAAUUUGUGGGCGGGUUCUAUGUGCCGGGGGUGAAUGACACCCAGCAGCAGCAGCGGGAGAAGUCGGAGGCUGGCGCUCCUUCGGCUGUGGGUGGGCAAUCUAACGUUGGUGCGCAGUCGAACGUUGGCGGGCGGUCUCGUGCACCGUCGACCACGGGCGGGCAGUCGAAUGUCGGCGGGCAGUCGACCGCAGGGGGACGUUCUGCCGCGCCUUCGCAGGUCGGCGCGCAGUCGAAUGCCGCGACCCAGUCGAAUGCCGGAGCCCAGUCCAAUGUCGGUUCUCAGUCCAAUGCUGGCUCUCAAUCCACCGUCGGUCCUCAAUCCACCAUCGGCCCUCAAUCAACCGUCGGUCGCCAGUCUAGCGUCGGUCGUCAGUCAAGUGUUGGCACCCAGUCUAAUGCGGCCAGACGUUCAGUGCUCGGUGGUCGCUCCGCUAUCGGAGGUCGACCGUCGACCGUGGACGAGGAGUCGACCCAGCCUUCGACGGUUGGAAACUCGACUGCUGGCUCCGCUUGGGGUGCGCGAUCGCAGGCGCCCGCGCAGUCCAAUGCGGGUGCGCCGUCUACUGUCGGUGGGGCGCCGUCCACUGCGGGCCCCGCGCAGUCCAAUGUUGGCGGUCAGUCCACUGUCGGGGGCAAGUCCAAUGCCGGAGCUCAGUCGGCCGUCGGAGGCAAGUCUGCUGCUGGUGCCAAGUCUAACGCGCCCUCCGCCGCUGGUGGUCAAUCUGCAGCAGCCUCGAAUGCGCCUCCGCCUACAGCCGCAGGUGUUCCUCUUCCCGAAUCGGUCGUCGAAAGCACCCGGGCAUCGACUGUUGCUGGCCGGCCCGCUCAGUCGGCUGCCGGUGUUCCUCUUCCUGCAUCUUCUGUAGGCACUGCUGCAGGUGUUGCCCUCCCUCCAUCCGUUGCGCCUCCGUCCAUUGCGCCUACUCGGCGACCAAGUGUGGAGGACACACGCUCUGCAUGGGGCGCCCCUUCUAUCUAUGAGCGCGAAGACGACGACAACGACACACUCGCACCGGAUGACUCGAUUUCGAUGGCGCCCGUACGCAGUUACCGGCAGCAGCCACCCCCUCUGCAACAGAAGACCUCGAGAGGGAACCUCUGGGACCGCUUGGGUAGCGCGCUCGCUGGGACCCCGAAGCCCGCGGAGAAGCCGGCCCAGCCCGCUCAACCCGAAAGACGAGGGAGCGCAGAAAGCACGCGCCAACGCACGUCAAGCAACGCAGGGCGGACGAACGCGGGCCCGCCUCCCAGCGUCUACCCGGGGAGCUCGUUCGGUCGCGGGGAGACGGAGGCUGGGACCCGGGCGCCGAGUCAGGCACCGGGUGCUCCCAGCGCAGUCGGAGGUGCGAGUGUGUACCCUGGCAGCACAUGGGAUGGUGCUCCGAGCGAAGUCGGUGGUGCGCCAAGCGAGGUUGGAAGCGUGUACCCUGGCAGCACUUGGGAGGGUCGCGCGAAGACCGAGGUCGGCGUGGCGGAGAGCGAAGUUGGCAGCGUCUAUCCGGGUAGCACUUGGGGCGGCGCCAAAAGCGUCGUUGGUCAGAAUGCACGUCCUGCUGUGCGCGGUGGCAAGGCGGAGAGCGUCUACCCAGGCAACUUCUUUGGCGAUGAGGCGAGCGUUGCGCCAGAAAGCGUUGUCGGCGGCGGUGCGGGCGCGAAGAGCGUGUAUCCGGGCAGCACCUUCGGCGCGCUAGAGGAGCAGCGCGAGGACGAGGAGGUCAACUCGGGCUUUGGCUCAGGGCUCACGACGCCGGAGAAGCGACCGCAAAACAUCGACGAGGUGCUCGCGGCUGCAGAGGGCGAGGAUGAGGACGAGCCAAUUGAGGACGAGACCGAGAUCCCCGACACGCCCCUGGAAAAGGCCAUGUACGCUCUGAACAUGGACAAGCCGAAGGAGGGAGAGGCUCCGGGAGCUCUGCGCCGGCGCAAAACCCGCGUGUCUCGUAUCGUGCACGAGAUGUUGAACGACACCCAAGUGGUGGAUGGCCCGAAGGCCCUCGAGUUCAACAUCACCGGCAAUGCCAACGCGGUCGACUGCCUUCGGAAGGUGGAGCAGCGUGUCGCAACACUUGUCGCGCGGCAGCUUUCCGUGCGCAGUGAUCAGGGUAGCGUGCACAGCGGCGAGGAUGUCGUUCUCACCGUGACGGUGCCCAAGGGUAUCAAGGGCGCGCCUCUCAAGCGCAAGUUGACCAAUGGGCUGAAAGAGAAAAAGUUGACUGUAGCGGAAGACAAGAACAAUGCAAGGGUGAUCAGCGUAGUGAUCCCACAGAAGAGCGUCGGCUGAGCUGUUCUUCCUCCUUCAUUACCAAGUCUUGUCUGUCUCGCGCUACCUGUCCGUCUUUGCUGUCUGUCCGUGUUGCUUUCGAAGUGCUGUUUACAUACCUUCAUGACUUACGAUUUCGAACACUUCUCGCGAUACCUUUACUUACCUUGACGGCUACCAGCCACUACUGGCUGCGGCAGUCGCACGACAUGCUGACCUUUUUUUACGAUUCGAUGCUGCUUACGAACGGGCUGGAAAACCCAGGUGUACUACUUCAUGACGGUGUCUUGACUAUAUUCUUAGGUAGAACUGAAUGCUUGAUAUUUAUCGACUUGCAUGAGUGCACAACGUUGUCAAUGGACGAGGG